AUGGCAUCCCAUGACGCGUCUGACCGAGAUCCGGACAAAAGAGAAAUAAUCUCGCACGCGACACCGCAAGAAACUGAAUACAGGGACUCUGCUCCGGUAGAAGUCAAUAUUGAAGUGUCAACCAAACCACCUGAGACUGGAAAUGAGAUCACCACAAUCAUCGAACGGACUCCAACAAAUGACAGGCCGUACUCGUCAUUCACGAGUCGACAAAAGGCGGCCAUCGUCCUGGUUGCCACACUCGGCGGGAGCUUCAGCCCAUUCAGCACUUUCAUCUAUUUCCCUGCGAUCGACACCAUCAGCCACGCCCUAGGGGUGAGCGUCUCUGAUGUCAAUUUGACCAUUACCACGUACAUGAUCUUCCAAGGCAUCUCACCAUCCUUCACCUCCGCCAUAGCAGACGACUUUGGCCGCCGACCGGCAUAUAUGAUCGGAUUCCUGAUUUACCUAGGAGCGAAUCUUGGUCUUGCGCUUAACAAGUCCUACGCAGGGCUCUUGGUACUGCGAUGUCUGCAGAGUGCUGGGAGAUCUGGGCUCGUGACCUUGGUGCAGGGCACCAUUGCAGAUAUCGUCACCAGCGCCGAGAGAGGCAAAUAUAUUGCUAUCACCAGCCUUGCUGGCAUCUUGGCACCGAGUCUCGCCCCUAUUAUAGGCGGUGUCCUGGCCCAGCAUCUGGGAUGGCAUUCAGUGUUCUGGUUCUUGCUGAUCCUCGGUGGGGUGUAUGCGGUGCCUCUGGCGAUCUUUUUUCCAGAGACCUGCAGAUCAGUGGUCGGAGACGGCUCAAUUGAACCGCCAAAGUGGAACAGAUGCCUGACGAACCUGUCAAGACAGAAGAAGACACCGGACGACGAGCACGGAUCUAAACAGGGCACUGAUCUCAAGGAUAAAUCUGAAAAGGAGAAGGCGGUUCCCCGGCAGCGCAAAUGGGAUGUCCUUGGUUCCCUCACCAUUGUCAGUGAUCCGGAGACGGCGAUCUUGCUCUUGUACAUGGGAGUCGUUUACGCCGGCUUCUACGUCGUCUCCACCAGUCUGACGGUCCAAUUCCACAACAUCUACGGCCUGAGCAGCUCUCUACAAGGGUUGCUCUUUCUCCCGCAGGUCGUGGGGACCAUCUUGGCGACGAUCACCAACACAAGGAUUCUUGACCGAAAUUUCAAAAGACAUGCACUCAAGGCGGGCUUGGAGGUGGACCGCAAAAAACAAGGUGACUUGAUCAAGAUGCCGAUCGAGCGAGCCAGACUCGAGAUCGCAAUGCCCUUCUUCGCCUUCGGAGCCGUCUUUGUGAUCAUCUACGGAUGGCUUUUGGAGCGGCGAGUCAACAUUGCCGGACCGGUCGUCAUGCUCGGCGCGAUAGGGUACACCACGAUGGUCGGGUUCAGUGCCAUCAGCGUGCUGAUCAUCGACUUGCACCGGAAACGGGCGGCGACUGCCAGUGCCGCCGCCAAUCUCGUGCGUUGUCUCCUGGGAGCGGGCGCCAGCGCCGUGACGAACCCGAUGAUCGAGGCGAUGGGCAACGGGUGGACUCUCACGCUGGUAGGGCUGGUUGAGCUGGCCACGCUGCCGCUCUUGGUGGUGAUGAUCAAGUUCGGAAUAAACAUGAGGGCGAAGCGGAGGGAGAAGGAGGAGAGACGAAUGAGAGAAGAUGAAGAGAGAGAGAAAGAGAGAGCGCAAAACGUGUGA